AUGCGCAAACCCCUCCACAUCUCCCUCCCCGACACCCCCCCAAACCUCUCCUCCCCCUCCUCCUCUCACCACAUCUCCCUCUCCUCCGAAUCAACCGCCAUCUCAAAGCUCUCGCCCUGCGUCCUCUCCCUCCUCCCAAAAGUCGACUUCCUCAAAGAGUCCUUCCGCAUCCUCUCCUUCUCUCCUUCUCCCGCCGUCUCCGAUCUCGCGCGAUCCAUCUCCUCCCGUCUCGACUCCUCCAACGCCCACGUCGUCCUCGCAAGACCGCCCCGAUCUCCCUCCCCAACUGAUCCCUCCUCCUCCUCCUCCUCCUCCUCCCUCGCCCUCCCCGACCUCGUCUUCUCCCCCUCCUCCUCCGCCUCCUCCACCGUAAUUUCCUCCGCCUCCUCCGCCUCCUCCGCCUCCUGCUACUUCGCCCCCACCGUCCUCGAGUCCAUCGUCCCUCCCUCGUCGAUCCACUGCGUCGUCGCCCUCGACCUCCUCCCCACCCACUUCCUCCUCCCCUUCGCCGACCUCGUCCGCUCCCGCUCUACCGAACUCCUCCCCGGCGGCCUCUUCAUCCUCGUCUACCCCGCCUCCCUCGACUUCUUCAACUCCUCCGUCGUCCCCCUGCUCGAUCCGCUCCUGCACUGCAUGCUCGCCCUCAACAAACUCUCCACAGACGACUGCCUCGCCUUCGCCUCCCCUCCUGCCACCGUCCCUUCCUACGCUGAUCAACUCGACAUCCUCUCCUCCUCGCCCUCCCUCGAAGUCCUCUACUCUUCCUCCGAGCGACUGAAACUAGAGGACUGGGGUCCGGCGUGGAUCUCCCAUGAAGAUCGCUGGAUGCUCGAUCUGAACGGUGGUCAGGAUCUCAUCGAUGGGCUUCUUAAAGCUGCUAAAAAUAAUGUCGCUUACGCCGAUGUUGGUAUCCAUGUCGUCCGCAAGCUAUAG